ACAGUGGGGGUGGGGGAUGGGGCAGGAUGGGGAGGACACCGAUAUGCUAAAUACCUACCAACAGUUGGUUAGGGCUCCGUUGGCACGACCAGGGCAGGACACGCGGCUUCAGGCUCCGGGGAGCAGCUCUAGGCUGCUCAAGCUGCUGUCGACCAUCUCUCGGGACAAGAAGGGCCGCCUGGGGAGUGGUGACGGUGUGCCAAAUCAGGACCUGCAGCAGAGGUCUCAGAGCUCAAGGCAGACAGCAAAGAAGGACCGCAAGCCCAGGGGUCAGAGCAAGAAAGGACAGGGCUCUGAAGAGGCUGAGGAUCUCUUCACCCCUCCUGCUCGGAAGCCCUCCUUCCCCUUCCAGUGGGCCUGGGAGAGCAUUGUCACAGAUGUCCGGGCUGUGCUUCAGCCAAGCUCCCCAGCCUCUAGCCACCAAGUCCUGCCCCCGCCCUCCUCAUUCUCCCAGCGCCAAUUCAGGCGCAUGUCCACGGGCAGCCUCCCAGAGACCGUUGGCUGCUGCCAGAAGACAGAGGUACAAAACCUAAAGGUGAGACAGCGGCUCAGAGCCUGGGGCGGUGUCUCCAUCCUUCCUGGCAAAGGAGGGCAAGGACCAGAGCCCCGCUGUGAGCGUGGCCUCCAGCUGCCUGGGAGGUGGCCGGGAUCAGGAUCGGUGUCUGACGAACAGGUCCAGCUGCCAGGCCCGGGUGCUGAGAAGGCCGAGAGGGGUCUGAGUUCUGCGGAGCUGUCCCAGUGCCCCAGGAGGGGGCCGAUCUCAGAGGAGGAGCAAUUCUCAGAAGCCACAGAAGAGGCUGAGGAGGGGGAGCACAGGGCUACCCGCAGAAGGAGGGCUGGUUCUCAGAAAAAGGGGCAGAUUUCUGGAGAGGAGGCCUCAGAUGAGGGGGAACAGGGCCAGAGCCAGGGGAGCACCCCCAGCUUUAACAACCUCCGAAGGCCGCAGAGGAGGAAGACAAGGGCCAAGGAGCUACAGGAGCCGUGGGACCUGGAGAAGCUACACAGGCAGCUCCAGAGAGACCUGGAUUGUGGUCCCCAAAAGCAGCCCUGGAAGGCUUUGAGAGAUGCCUUCCAGGCCUCCAAACGGAGUGGAAAGGCCUAUGCCUUGGGAGGCGAUGAAACCUUCCUGUCUGCCAACCUGCCUAACCGCACCUUCCACAAACGACAGGAAGCCACCAGGAGCCUGCUGCAGGCCUGGGAGCGGCAGCGGCAGGAGGAGCGGCAGCGGGCUGAGCUGCGGCGGGCCCGCACACAGCAUGUACAGCGGCAGGUGGCCCGCUGCCUGGCGGCCUAUGCGCCCAGAGGGAGCCGGGGGCCCGGGACGGCCCAGCGCAAGCUGGAGGAGCUGAGGCGUCAGGAGCGACAGCGCUUUGCUGAGUACCAGGCAGAGCUGCAGGGCAUCCAGCACAGGGUGCAGGCCAGGCCCUUCCUGUUCCAGCAGGCCAUGCAGGCCAAUGCCCGUCUCACUGUCACCCGGCGCUUCUCCCAGGUGCUGUCAGCACUGGGGCUAGAUGAGGAGCAGCUGCUGGCUGAGGCAGGAAAGGGGGAAACAGCGGGCACCCCCAGAAAACCCAGGAGCCACAGGCCAAUGGGGGUGAGAAUGAAGCACUCUCCUCAGAGCCCCCCAAGGAAAGAACCCACCGGCAGCCAGCCUGACAGGCACAACACCCCCAGCCUGGACCCGGAAUGCAGUCCCUGAGAUAAAAAUUAAAGGCUUUAUGGC